AUGGAGAUUGCAAGGACUAAGGAAGUGUCGAGCGACAGUCAGAGCUCAAAGCAACUCCCUACUGGAAUCCUCUUCAACAUCCUUUCUCGACUGCCAUCAAAAUCUCUUUUUCGUUUUCGAUGUGUCUCUAAGAGUUUCUGUAAGCUAGUCAACGAUAUGAUUGAGGAGCCGCCUCUAGUUAUGGUUCAUUCUCCUUCUGCGUCGAAGUACUCCAGAUUAAUGAUGUUUAGAGGUUGGAAAUACAAUGGCCAUAGUUGGACAGCAACCAAUUCAGACGUACUGCCCUAUUAUGCAGGCUAUAGUUUCCCUCCAGGCCUUUUGUCUAUUGAAUCCAAAUAUGAGCUUGAGUUUGCUGCCGGUGGCUUGCUUUGCUUUAAGGACUUAUCUAGAGGUCCUGCCCUAUUAUGCAAUCCAAUUAGGGGAGAAGCUAUACAACUUCCAGAUUGUAAUGCCAAAAAUGUACUGUCCCGCUUGGAUGAGUGGUACGGUUUAGGAGUGGAUGCCACUACCAGCACCUACCAGAUUGUUCAUAUUUCUACCAAUUCCCGUCCAUAUUUGGCUCAACUUCAUGUACUUGGAACAAAAUCCUGGCGGCGAAUAUCUGCAGUUCCUCCUUGUGGUUUAAGUAAGCAGAAUGCUUUUGCAUAA